GACGCGGGCGGGAGGCUGCGCCCCGCGGCGCCCGCGCGGGACCCGCGGCGCUCACUCUGCGCUCGGCCGUCCCGGCGGCGGGGAGCGCACGGGGGCCGGGCCGGGCGGGCUCUGCGGGCCGCGAGCCGGAUCCCAGGCGGCGGCGCCCCGGCGGCCGGGCGAGGCGAUGGCGGCCGCGGCGGCCCCGGCGGCGGGGGAAGGGAUGGAGCCUCGGGCGCUGCAGUACGAGCAGACCCUGAUGUAUGGCCGGUACACUCAAGAACUCGGGGCCUUUGCCAAGGAGGAAGCCGCUCGAAUCCGCCUGGGGGGACCCGAACCCUGGAAGGGGUCCACUUCCGCCCGAACCCCCCCAGAGCUCCUGGAAUAUGGACAGAGCCGCUGUGCUCCGUGCCGCAUCUGCUCCGUACGCUGCCACAAGUUCCUGGUGUCCAGGGUUGGUGAGGACUGGAUCUUCCUGGUCCUGCUGGGGCUGCUCAUGGCACUGGUCAGCUGGGCCAUGGACUACGCCAUUGCCGUCUGUCUCCAGGCUCAGCAGUGGAUGUCCCGGGGCCUGAACACCAGCAUCCUGCUCCAGUACCUGGCCUGGGUCACCUACCCGGUCGUGCUCAUCACGUUCUCAGCCGGAUUCACGCAGAUCCUGGCCCCUCAGGCUGUUGGGUCCGGCAUCCCCGAGAUGAAGACCAUCCUGCGGGGAGUGGUGCUAAAAGAAUACCUCACCCUCAAGACCUUUGUGGCCAAGGUCAUCGGGCUGACCUGCGCCCUGGGCAGCGGGAUGCCCCUCGGUAAAGAGGGCCCUUUCGUGCACAUCGCCAGCAUGUGCGCCGCCCUGCUCAGCAAGUUCCUCUCCCUCUUCGGGGGUAUCUACGAGAAUGAAUCCCGGAACACAGAGAUGCUGGCGGCCGCCUGUGCCGUGGGAGUCGGUUGCUGCUUCGCGGCGCCCAUUGGAGGAGUGCUGUUCAGCAUCGAGGUCACCUCCACCUUUUUCGCCGUGCGCAACUACUGGCGGGGCUUCUUUGCGGCCACCUUCAGUGCCUUCAUCUUCCGAGUCCUGGCCGUCUGGAACAGGGAUGAAGAGACCAUCACCGCUCUCUUCAAAACCCGCUUCCGGCUGGACUUCCCCUUCGACCUGCAGGAGCUGCCCGCCUUCGCUGUCAUCGGGAUCGCCAGCGGCUUCGGGGGAGCUCUCUUCGUCUACCUGAACCGCAAGAUCGUCCAGGUGAUGCGGAAGCAGAAAACCAUCAACCGCUUCCUCAUGAGGAAGCGCCUGCUCUUCCCAGCCCUGGUGACCCUGCUCAUCUCCACGCUGACCUUUCCCCCAGGCUUUGGACAGUUCAUGGCUGGACAGCUGUCACAGAAAGAGACACUGGUCACCCUGUUUGACAACCGGACCUGGGUCCGCCAGGGCCUGGUGGAGGAUCUAGAGCUGCCCGGCACCUCGCAGGCCUGGAGCCCGCCGCACGCCAACGUCUUCCUCACUCUGGUCAUCUUCAUUCUCAUGAAGUUCUGGAUGUCGGCCCUGGCUACCACCAUCCCGGUGCCCUGCGGGGCCUUCAUGCCGGUCUUUGUCAUUGGAGCGGCGUUUGGACGCCUGGUGGGUGAAAGCAUGGCGGCGUGGUUCCCGGACGGGAUUCACACGGACAGCAGCACCUACCGCAUUGUGCCUGGGGGCUAUGCGGUGGUUGGGGCGGCCGCGCUGGCCGGGGCGGUGACGCACACGGUGUCCACGGCCGUGAUCGUGUUCGAGCUGACGGGCCAGAUCGCGCACAUUCUGCCCGUCAUGAUCGCCGUGAUUCUGGCCAACGCCGUGGCCCAGAGCCUGCAGCCCUCGCUCUACGACAGCAUCAUCAGGAUCAAGAAGCUGCCCUACCUCCCCGAGCUGGGCUGGGGCCGCCACCAGCAGUACCGGGUGCGAGUGGAGGACAUCAUGGUGCGGGACGUGCCCCACGUGGCCCUCAGCUGCACCUUCCGGGACCUGCGCGUGGCGCUGCACAGGACCAAGGGCCGCAUGCUGGCCUUGGUGGAGUCGCCCGAGUCGAUGAUCCUGCUGGGGUCCAUCGAGCGCUCGCAGGUGGUGGCCUUGCUGGGGGCCCAGCUGAGCCCCGCGCGCCGCCGGCGGCACCUGCAGGAGCGGCGGCGCGAGGCCCAGGCGUCCCCGCCCCCCCACCCCGACGGCCCCCCCGGCCCGGAGCCCCCCGCCCGCUUCCAGGUGAACCCCGAGGACGCCCACGGGGACACGCACAAGCCCCUGAAGCCUGCCCUCAAGAGGGGGCCCAGCCACACCUCCAGCCACCGGGAGAGCCCCACAGGCAACGGGGAGUCCACGGGCAUCGCCCUCAGAAGCCUCUUCUGCGGCAGCCCCCCUCCGGAGGCCGCGGCCCAGCUGGAGAAGGCCGAGCCCUGCGAGAAGCGCAAGCUGAAGCGGGUCCGGAUCUCCCUGGCGAGUGACUCGGACCUGGAAGGAGAGAUGAGCCCCGAGGAGAUUCUGGAGUGGGAGGAACAGCAGCUGGAUGAACCCGUCAACUUCAGUGACUGCAAGAUCGACCCGGCCCCCUUCCAGCUGGUGGAAAGGACCUCUCUGCACAAGACUCACACCAUCUUCUCACUGCUGGGCGUGGACCACGCUUACGUCACCAGCAUCGGCAGACUCAUCGGGAUCGUCACCCUGAAGGAGCUCCGGAAGGCUAUUGAGGGCUCUGUCACGGCCCAGGGUGUCAAAGUCCGGCCACCUCUCGCCAGCUUCCGAGACAGUGCCACCAGCAGCAGUGACACGGAGACCACGGAGGUGCACGCACUCUGGGGACCCCGCUCUCGCCAUGGCCUGCCCCGAGAAGGCAGCCCUUCCGACAGCGAUGACAAGUGCCAGUGAGCCGGCCCCUCGACGCGUCGCGCGCGCCUCCCGCCGUGCAGGAGGCCCAGCCCCGCGGUCCCAGGUGCUCCCGUGGUGUCCCACCCCGGCCCCCACCGUGGAGGAGGCCCGGCACUGCCCGGGCAGGGUGCGUGGGGUCAUGUGACCUUUGCUUCCCUUUUGAUGGGGAAAGGCAGAGAACUAAGAUGGGUUUCUACUGGAACCUACAAUGACCAGAUGUAUAUAGAGAUUUACAAAGAUUUUUAUAUUAAUUUAAUAAAACAAAUUCUUAAAUAGAACAAAAUAAACACCUAAUGAGCCACUGAUAGAGUGCCGUGCCCACUGGCUCUUGUUCUUACCUUGGGUCCUCUUGCCUGCCAAAGCCUACAAGGCUUC